CUUUUUCCGUUGGCGGUUACAAGUACUCCCGCCUUACUUGACGAAAAUAUUGAACGAAACCAUUGAAAUUCAACUGCUAUAAUUAGUCGUUCUUUUCAGCGUUUAGAUUAUUUGUCUAAAUAGAAACGUCAAUCUUAAAAAGGAGAUUUUCUUUAAAGUUCGUGAAAGGAAUAUGGCUCAGUGGAACAUUGUCAAUUGUGACUUUGCAGGGGAAGAGACAUUUAAUUUUGGUCCCAGAGAAGAAUCUGGAUUAGCUCUCUUUGACAUUGAAACUUUGGCAACUAUAUCGGCAGACGGUGAAGUUAAGUCUAAACCGUUGAUACGGGGCUCUGUAUGUAAAAAUUGGGCAGUCGUUAGUAUUGAUCAGCAUAUAUCUCUAUUUCAAGACGGUUGCUACAAGUUUCUCUCAGUUUUGGAGUUUGAAAAUGUUAUUGAAACUUGUGCUUGGAGUUAUGAUCAGAAUGUCAUUUUCACUGCUGAAAAGAAUGGUAAAAUACGAAUGUUUUACAUUCCCCGACAGCAAGAAAUAUUCACUAAACAAUUAAAUAUAGGAGACACAAGAGAUCAAACAUUCCUAGAGUCAGUUAUAACACCUCCCGAUGACGAUGGUUUCUGCCACUACAUAUUACUUGCUUCAAACGAACGAAUAUAUUAUGUUUCUAAUAUUCAAAUUAAUACCUUGUCAGAAGUAAUGGACUACAAAGGUCUUCCGUCUUUUGAAGACUUUACGUCUUCAUUGAAAUUUGGUAUUUUGGAUCUAUCUUCUUAUCACAUGAAUGUAACUAGCAUUUCAUCAACAAGAGCAGACGAAAUAUAUACAGCUGGGACAGGAUCUCAUUUCAUUAUUCAAUGGAAUUAUGAUGUUACAAAUGAGUGGGCUUUAAGCAAUGCCAUAACAACUGGAGGAACAAUCUUUCCUAAAAUUAAGCAAAUUAUAUUUGUUGAAAAUGAAGAAGUUUUGCUACUUUUAGAUAACAAAGGUGAUAUUUAUGUGUUUGAUAUGGAUUGCUUUUGUAUUUUGAAACGGUAUCGGGGUGUUAAAAUUCAGGAAAUGUACUUAUUAGAAGGCUGUGGAAGGAGAGAAAACACAAUUUCAGUUUGUGUUAUACAAAUACUUGAACAUGAGAUGCUUCUUCGAGUGGCCGCGCUUAACGAUUUGAACAAUCCCUUCUAUUCACUAAAAGUACAGUCCCCCAGUUACCUUUUAAAGCCAAUAAUAGCUCAUGACGAUGCUGUUUUCUUCGUCGAAAGUGAUGAUAAUGAUAAGACAAAUUUUUUUAAAAGCUUACGUGUGAGAGCACUGACGGAGUCUAGACCAGAAGAAAAGUUGAGCAGAUAUCUGAACAAAAAAAUGUUCGCAGAAGCUGAAGAUUUAGCAAGGCAAUACACCUUAGACCUAGAAAUCGUUUAUGAUGUGCAUUGUCGGGAACUACUUGAGAAACUUUCUCCUUGGAAUUCAGUAGCACCAGAGGAGGCCAUUAAUCUAUUCUCUCAAUUGUUGGAAAAGAUGACGCAUAUUCAAUCCGAAGACAGUCUAAUAACAUUUACUGAAGCCAGCUUGCCAUCGUUUGAGAUGAAUUCAAAACUUUUAAAUUUUAUAGAAAACAAGCUUAAAAGCGCUUCAUCAAAGCUCUCUAUCUCCGUAUUGGAAACCAUGUAUCGACUAACGACGUUUAAGAUGUGCAAUAAUGAAUAUGAUGCCAAUGAAUGGAGCCGUUGGAAAGGAGUCGAUAUUUAUGAAGAGAUUGCCAAAUGUUUUAGAGAAGAUAAGUUGAAAAAAGCUUAUAUUAUAUGGAAUAGACACGAGAGAGAAAUAAACGAAAGCAUGCCUGAGAACGGCGUCUCAGCACUUUUAGCUUUUAUUCCCAGCAAAACCAAAAUUUCAGAGUUGAGCUCUUGGUUAUCCAAUCACUUUAUACCUUUUGUGAUAAGAAGUCGACCUGAAUCAAUUGAACACGUUGCAAAGUUUAUAUAUGAAAAAGCAUGUGAAUUGGAAUCGAAUGAAACUCAAGGAUGGCCUAAUAAUGCUAUUGAUGCUUGUAAUAUUUUAUUAGAACUACUGCCAAAGUUAGCUAAUUCCUACUCAGCCGCAAGUAAUUCACUAUCUCUUUGUUAUUCGGCCCACUUUCAUGACGAAAAACUAGAAGAUGUACAAGAUUCAGUUGUUAAACUGAAACUCCUAUGGUCCAAGCUAACAAAGGUGAAAGAUCUGCGAGAGAAAUAUCAAUGUAAUUUCUCUCUAUCGCAAUAUAGACAAGAAACGAAAGAGUCCAUUGUGUUCAAAAUGUUGGACGAUAUUCAGGCUAUAGAGCUCAUUCCUACUUGUAUAUUCAAACGUCUUCGAACUUAUACUCAAGAACAUUCCUUAAAAUUAGAUAAAGUUCUUAUGCAAUACAUAGAGUAUAUUUCAAAUAGAGAGGGAUAUAGCAUGCAUAUUGGUAUUAGCGAUACACCGUGGGAAGCAAAAUGUAUAGCAAUCAUUAACUGCAUUGACACAAUUGAGUAUAAAAUCAAAGCAGUAAUGGGAUUGGUACAUUCAGCUGCUGUGCCUUGGUCUGCUGAAAUGGCAUGCUUAGUUCAUAGCUCCUUACGUUUAGAUCAUCCAGAAAUAGAAGAACUUAGAAAAGAAUGUGAAUUGGCAGAAUUAAAAGUUGUUUUGCAUAAAUACAAUAUUCAUCAACUUCCAAAGUGUAUUGAAAUUUCCCAAAUGAAGCUCUGGAUAAAAAAAAUUAUACACUCCGAUCAAGGAUCUGCCUUGAGCGAUGCUUUAAAGCUAGUCAAAUGCUAUGGUAUAGUUGACGUUGAAUCUGUUUACCGUAUUUAUACCGUUCACUUAAUUUCUGAUUUUAAGUUGCAAGAAUUCUGGGACUUUAUAAAAAACAACAGCGUUGAAGUAUCGACAUGCGCUUUACGAACUGCCAUAACAUGCAGCAAACGUAAACAAACCUCUCAUACAACAGAACAGUACAAUGAAUUAAGGAAAGCGAUAUUUAUUGCAAUAACUUUUGUCUUGAAAAUGUCGCUUGAAAAUGCGGAUAGAAUGCACUUUGAAGAUUAUCUAGAGCAAUUUAAUUCAUCGAUAGCAAUUCAAAAAAAUUUUGAUGAAAAUCCGGAAAUGAAUGAUAUAAUGUUUGAAAACAAAAGACUAAAUUUUCUCGAAAUGUACGUUGAAAAUAUAACUAGCAAAGACUGUUCUGAUCUAUCAUGGCAUAAAGUUAAGAGAUUUGCAGAUGCCUUAGGUUUGAGAAAUCAAAAUAAAGUUCAUGCCCAAAUUGUAGAGAUGUGUGUUAGAACUGGAAAUAUCAAUGAAGCUGUUAAUUUGUGUAAUAGAAUACUGGAAUAUGAAAAAAAUCCAUUUGUGGCAGAUUCUUUAGUCCCUCUGCCCAAGAUAAUCAUUACCUAUGUUUGCGAUCAUGAAAGUUUAGUCAGUGAGUGUCCAGAUUUGUUAGAUAAACUCCAAAAAACAGUAUCUACCCUCGCUUGUCAAUGCAAUCAAUUUAUGUUAAGUGAAGUAUCGAAAAUCAAUGAACCUCUAACUUUAGCAAGCCUCAUCAGUAGCUAUUGUAUGAGUAUUGAGAAUUUAAAUUCAAGUUUGACUUUUAAUCCUGAGACAUAUUUCGAUCAUCUUCAUAUCCUACCAUCAUGUGUUCUUGAUUUCGAGUCUGUAAUGCCGCUGUUAUAUGAAUAUCUCAAUGCUUUUUAUCAUGCAGAUUUCGAAGUUGCAAUUCCAGUAGCAAAUAAAAUAUUAGAUUUACUGAUAGAAAGCAAGCAUUUUUGGCUGAUAUUUUCCUUCGGACUACAUAUAUCAAGGAGCAGAAGUAAUUUUGCAGGAUCGUCAGCUCGAGAUGUAUCUGAAUUGGAAACUUUUAUGAAAAAAACAGCUAUGGCUUUGUUUUCGAAGGUUAUGAAUAAUGAACCUGUUGACUUGAUAUCAGCUGUCUGUCUACUUAAACACUUGUCAGAUUCAACAGUAAAAACUGUUAUUAAACAGUUCAUUGAAGGCUGUGGUAUAAAUUUCAAAAAAAUACUCCAGACUUGUCUAGUUGUAAAAAAUUAUCUAAAGUUUACUGAUUCGGAAAAAGGAACUCAUCUUGCUCAAGCUAAUUUGCUAGAGAAGAAUGCUAAUUGGGGUCUUAGAUUAGAGGCUAUGAAUGUUAACUUCAAAGAAGUAUUCUAUGAGAAUAAUGAUGCUAAGAGAACACUUUUGAAACCUAUAAUUGAGCAUAAGCAAACAGAUAUAAAUUUAAUAACAGAUUAUUGUCGAGCUUUUCAGCUCAAUCUGAAAGCAGCAUUAUUUAGUUAUGUAGAACAUUUGUUAAUUGAUGGUUCUUUGGAAGCUUUGGAUGACGUUCAUCAUAUUAUUGAUCAUGUUUUAAGUCAUGUUCCAAAGGAGGAAUUAUAUGAACGUGUGAAAGCUAUCUUUAAAAAAAUGGAUUCCUAUGAUUACGGAAAGUUAAUAUAUGCUCUUAAGCUUAUGAACAAGUUGAAAAAGAGUGAAUCUACAGAAAAACAUUUAUUGUUGUUAGAUUACUUGUCUAGAUAUGAAAGAAUAAGUUCACCCCAUGAUGUUGAAGAUUUGGGAAUGGAUAUGGGCAUAUUAGAGAGCAGUUUACCUUUAAAUAAUAGUACAAAAUUGCCAUUCCAUGCAUUUUUAAGCAGUGAGAGAAAGAAAUCAAUCAUAGUCAAAGAGGUUAAUUUUAAUACCCUUGAAUUGUGGAUGAAAACAGCCAAACUUAUUGCAGUUGAAGAGGAUGUAUUAAUGCUCAGAGCAAUUACUAAUGAGCUGAACAAAAUUAAAGCAACUAAAAAAACCAAAGUGAAGUCAUUAUGGGAAGGUGAUAGAAUGAUUGACGAUGAGUUUUUCAAUAAUCUUGAAAAUAUUAUUAUGCAAAUUAAAGAUUUUAAAAAGUCCUCUGGAUCGCUAAACUGGAUCUGCAAACAGUUGCAAAACGGAUAUGACAGGGUUAUUGUUCUUGAGAUAGCCCUAAAAUUAGCGGAAGUAUGGAAACUUAGACUUAAGGAGGGAACGAAUAAAGAUCUUGAAAACGACGUGAAUGAUAUGCGCAAAGAAUAUAUUAAUUUAUGGAGGUACUAUGCCACCCUUCAAGCUCUUUACGAGCAUCAAUUAGGAAACUUAACAGAGGGUGAAUCGAAGAACUUGCAACCACUUAAUUUAUUGUUAAAAUUGUAUGAACAUCCAUCAGUUACUGUAAUUUCUGACAAAUCUAAUGUGAUGUUGAAGAUGAUUCACGAAGCUGCAAAAAGAAUUUCGGAAAUUCACAAAGUCGACCUAAAAAAGUUAAAAUUGAAAUUGCUUUCUAAAUGGUUGUCAGAGAAAGGAGCUGACUCUUCAGGUGAUGGAAUACAAGCUCCCUUUGAAUGUCUAUCAACAACAAGAAUUGCUUUCUUGUUAAAUGACGAAAAUCUCCACGAAAAUAUAGAGCAUCUUUUGGCAAUUGCAUUUAAGGACAACUCAUACAAACACAGACAAAAAGUGCGUGCUAUUGAUUGUUUAUAUGUAUUAAUAGGGCGUAAAUCAUUGGAAACUCGUAGCGGUUUAACUGAAGAUGUCAUUCGGAAACGCAUGAACACACUUUAUUAUCUUCAGUGCUUAGAGCAUUUCAAUAUUCCUCAUACUGAAGAAUCUUUUAAUAGAAGUGACAAAGAAUCUUUGGCUAUAGGUAUCGUUCGAAACCAUGCAAAUGACGCCAAUGCGGUAACGUUUGCUGCUGAAUUCUGCUUCCAUUUUAACAUAUAUCAACAUUCUCUAUGGAAUUUCAUUAUUGAAAGACUAUGCAAAUUUGGCAUGCACGAACAUCUGCAUGGUAUAGUAACCAGACUUAACAAUAUACCUAGAUUAUCUAACUUUAUACAAUCUGACGAUAUCAGAAACAUUCUUUUAUCACCAUUGACAACAGCAGGUUAUCCAUUAGAUGAUAGACAAUUAGAGAAAUGUAUGAUUUCUCUGGAAGUUUUCUGCAGCACUUGCCUACAGUUCACUGACAAAGCCGUUAAAAAAGUUAUGCAAGUACUAAAAAGUUUGAAACUAAAUUGGUGCGCAGUGUAUUGCAGCAAGUUCGCGUGUGAAGAGGAUAGAAGGAGAGAAUAUGUAGAUGAUGCAAUGGCAGAUCUAUCUGCCCCAGAAAUUAUACAAAAUUACAUAAAAGCUGAUAGUGUUUGCAGCAAAAAGUGGACCAUGUUUGACGCGAAUGAAAUGAAAGAAAUAGUUUUUGAUUAUGUAGACAGGUUAAAAAAGUACCAUGAACUUGUUGGAACAGAGUAUAUGAACGAAUUUGCUCUAUUUUUAUCCAAGAAAGAUCGAUUGAUUGAUUUCAUGAUAUUUGGCGUACAACAAGGAAGAAUUGAGGAUGUUAUUAGACUUUGCAAAUUACAUUCCAGAUUUUAUCCAGACGCAUUUAAUGUGGACUUGGGUGAAAGACAAAUGCUUAAGGAAUUCUUUAUGAGAAAAGGUUAUGAAAGUAUUGCACUUAGUAUAGAAAUACCAGAUCCAACUCCAAGAAAAUCUGAAACUGAUAGCGCAAAUGACACAAAUGACUCUAUAAUUCAACUGUCCCCUAAAUUAGAAGGAAAUGUUCACCCAGAACUCGUCUUUGAUGAGAGCGACUGCGAAUGGGAUGGCUGAAUGUUUUAUCUUUUAAACUAUACUCUAAACGAUUUUUCUUACUCUUUUGAACGUUAAAAUUUCCUUCAUAAUAAAUCUUAUGUAGUUGUGAUAUGA